AUGUUUUCUUCUAACGCCAGCCAGCAGAGAGAUAGAAUAUCUACACAGCAAUACCAAUGUGAUCAAUGUGUCUUGUUUUUUGAUAACUACCAGAAGCUGCAAAACCACAAGAGAAUUCACAGAGGAGAUUCAGCAACAAUGACUGAAAUUGACCAGUCUAUUCUGGAUGAUGUUGACAUGUACCAUGACGAAAAUGAUACUAGUAAUGAAGAUGAAUCUGUUAGCAAUUCAGAAUAUACUAUGGAGUCUAUGGAGCUUGAUAAUACUAUUUCAUAUAAGUGCGCAUGUAAUUUUGAGGACAGUGAGGGUGAAGCUCACAUUUACAGCAGCAGCCAAAUCAGUACAAAUACUUUUACCAAGGCCGAGUUGAUGAGUAUUCAUCUGUCUCAAUUGAUGCUACAGCAUAGAAUUGCUAGAGCAGCAUAUAGAGACAUUGUUCAAUUUAUAAACACUGUCAUCCGAGACCAUGACAAUAUAAUGAUGGAACCUGGGGCUAAGAUCAGUCAUGGCGAAACUGUUGAUGCUUUGCUCAAGUCAAAGUCAAGUGUCAAGGGCCAUGAGUAUGAUGUCUGCUCUAGUGGUUGUCGAUUGUAUGGCAUUAAUGACGACCAGGAAUCUUGUGUUGACUGCGGCAAACCGUGA